AUGUUGAUUCUGAUGACCUCAUAAGCAUGGGAUCCAACGACAGUAAGUACAGUUGAGAUUUUAAAGAAGAUUGACAUUCCUUCUGUCUUUAUUGGUGAGACGUCGGCUAAUUCUCUUAAAGAAGAAUUUACUUAUGAAAAGGGUGGCCAUGUUGUGUUAAUCCCAGAGUUCAGUCUUCCUUUGGAGUACUACUUAAUCCCUUUCUUAAUAAUAGUAGGGAUCUGUCUUAUUCUCAUCGUCAUAUUUAUGAUCACAAAAUUUGUGCAAGACAGGCACAGAGCAAGAAGGAAUCGGCUUAGGAAGGAUCAGCUUAAGAAAAUUCCUGUACAUAAAUUCAAGAAAGGAGAUGAAUAUGAUGUAUGUGCCAUUUGUCUGGAUGAAUAUGAGGAUGGAGACAAGCUCAGAAUCCUUCCAUGUUCUCAUGCUUAUCACUGCAAGUGUGUGGACCCGUGGCUGACAAAAACAAAAAAAACAUGUCCUGUGUGUAAGCAGAAAGUAGUCCCUUCUCAGGGGGACUCCGACUCUGAAACAGACAGUAGCCAAGAAGAGAAUGAAGUGUCUGAAAAUACUCCUUUGCUUAGACCAUUAGCCUCAGUUAGCACUCAGUCGUUCGGGGCUUUGUCAGAAUCUCAUUCCCAUCAGAACAUGACCGAGUCCUCAGAAUAUGAGGAAGAUGACAAUGACAAUGUUGAUAGCAGUGAUGCAGAAAAUGGAGUGAACGAAGAAAGUGUAGUGGUUCAACUACAGCCCAAUGAUGAAAGGGAGUACAGAGUGGCAAAUACUGUUUAAAACUACUAAUGAUGAGUAGUGUAUGAACAAAAGCGUUCUUCAGGCUAUACUUUACAAACCUUUACAUAGGGAAUACGUUUUAAUCUUUAAUCUAUUUGGUUUCU